AUGAAUUCUAUGGGUGGCAGCAAAUAUAUACUGCUGAUCUUUGACGAAGCCAGUGGAUGCAUGAAGGGCUUCUGUCUACGUGUGAAGUCGGAGAGUGAAAACUACAUCACACGAUACAUCAAGAUGGUGCAAGCGCAGUUUGGCAAGAAGGUCAAGCUCGUUCGACACGACGGAGCCCGCGAGUUCGCAACCAACUCGCUUCAAGAAUUCUACGAAGAUGAAGGCAUUGAGCAGCAGAAGACGGUGCCAUAUGCACACCAGACCAACUGCACGGUAGAGCGCGCCAUUCGGACUAUCGUCACAAUUGGUCGCAGCAUGCUCCACCAUGCUAAGUUGGAAAAGUGCUUCUGGGCCGUGAUGAACUUUAGACUUCUUGGUCCGAGUGCAAAACGCAAAGUGAAUAUAUAUUUAUAA